AUGGCUGCAGCUAUGGCGCCCUCGUCGUUGAUCGCCGCGAGGUCUUCCGCAAUUCAGCUCAACGCGCCUUCUACUUCCACAAAACUUAUCUCGAGGAGCUGGACAGGCCUUCACAUGGAAGCCGGAAGUUCAUUGUCUGUGACAAUUUCAUCGCCCCACGCUACGAGGAUAAGGAGUGGUUCUGUCCAAGUUAGAGCAGGAGUUACCGCAACAGCACCAUCAAAGAUUGGUGACAUGGUUGUCUACUCCAAGUACGCUGGAACCGAGGUCCAAUUCGAUGAUGCCGAGCACGUCUUGCUCAAGGAGGACGACCUCAUUGGUUUCUUGUCGACCGACGAUAUCAAAGACUUGAAGCCACUCAACGAGAGAGUCUUGAUCAAGAUAGCAGAGGCCGAGGACAAGACGUCCGGAGGUAUCAUCCUCACCGAAAAUGCCAAAGAGAAGCCCGUCACUGGCACGGCUGUCGCCGUUGGAUCUGGAGCUUUCGGAGAGGAUGGGGUGAAAAAGCCGCUAGAUAUUGCUCCAGGGAACUCGGUCAUGUAUUCCAAGUAUGCUGGAAACGAGUUUAAGAGCAAAGACGGGAGCGAGUAUGUUGUGAUCCGUGCAUCGGACAUUCUCGCAGUUUUGCCAUAG